GGAGCUACCCAAAGCCUGGGGAAGGGGAGUCAGUGCUGGAGGUGACUGGAGCCGCGGCGGCGGCGGCAGCAGCUGCGGUGGCGGCGCUCUCAGCUGCGGCAGCCGAGGCUGCAGCCCGGCCCAGGGCGGCUCAGCGGACAAUAACCAGGCUAGGAACCUGACCUGGCCGGACCGCACUGUGAUGCUUCCUGACUGAUAAUGUUAUAACAGUGCCUGGAAGCCUGAGGCUGAAUUUCCAGCUGGACGUACCUCAGUUGUCCCCAUCAUCAUGGAGACCCAAAAGGAUGAAGCUGCUCAGGCCAAGGGAGCUGCAGCCUCUGGGAGUACCCAUGAACAAACGACAGAAAAAGGAGCCAAGAACAAGGCAGCUAAGGCGAUAGAAGGACCAACAUCAGAGCCAUCCUCAUCCGGCCCAGGUAGGCUGAAGAAAACUGCCAUGAAACUCUUUGGUGGCAAGAAGGGUAUCUGUACUCUGCCUAGUUUCUUUGGAGGGGGACGGAGCAAAGGUUCUGGGAAAGGCAGCUCCAAGAAAGGUCUCAGCAAGAGCAAGACCCACGAUGGCCUGAGUGAAGCAGCCCAUGGCCCUGAAGAUGUUGUCAGUGAAGGAACUGGCUUCUCCCUGCCUUUGCCUGAAUUACCCUGCCGAUUUCCCAGCUCUCAGAGUGCCCAUGGGGCUUUGGAGACAGGCUCCAGAUGUAAGACGUCUGUGGCUGGAGCCACAGAGAAAGCUGUGGCCGAGAAGGUUCCAUCUAUGCCCAAGCCAAAGAAAGGCCUAAAAGGCUUUUUUAGCAGUAUCCGCCGUCACCGGAAGAGCAAGGUCACUGGGACUGAGCAAAGUGAGCCAGGGGCCAAGGGGCCUGAGAGGGUCAAAGCCAGGCCUCAUGAGCAUGUGAGCUCAGCCCCUCGGGUGCCCUGCCCUGAGGAGACCUUCCAAGCCCCUAGAAAGGAAAAUGCUAACCCCCAAGAUGCCCCUGGGCCAAAAGUUUAUCCAACACCAGAGCCUUCUCCACUAACCACUGAGACAAUGGCCUGUAAAGAUCCAGAAAAACCCAUGGAGGCCUGUGCCUCAGCACAUGUGCAACCCAAACCUGCCCCUGAAUCCAGUAGCCUAGAGGAACCCCAUAGCCCAGAAACAGGGGAGAAGGUAGUAGCAGGAGAGGUAAACCCACCCAAUGGCCCUGUGGGGGACCAGCUGAGCCUCUUGUUUGGGGAUGUGACAUCCCUGAAAAGCUUUGACUCAUUGACAGGUUGUGGUGACAUUAUAGCAGAACAGGACAUGGACAGUAUGACAGACAGCAUGGCCUCUGGGGGCCAGAGAGCAAACCGAGAUGGGACCAAGCGAAGUUCCUGCCUGGUGACCUACCAAGGAGGUGGGGAGGAGAUGGCCUUGCCAGAUGAUGACGAGGAGGAGGAAGAGGAUGAAGAGGUAGAAUUAGAGGAGGAAGAAGAGGAGGUUAAGGAGGAGGAAGAAGAUGAUGACUUAGAAUAUCUGUGGGCAACUGCUCAGAUGUAUCCAAGGCCCAAUAUGAACCUGGGCUACCAUCCCACCACAUCCCCAGGCCACCACAGCUACAUGCUCCUUGACCCAGUUAGGUCUUAUCCUGGCCUAGCCCCUGGGGAACUUUUGACUCCUCAGAGUGACCAGCAAGAAUCCGCCCCCAAUAGUGAUGAAGGUUAUUAUGACUCCACCACACCUGGAUUUGAGGAUGAUUCAGGUGAGGCCCUGGGGCUUGUCCGCAGGGAUUGUCUACCCCGAGACAGUUACAGUGGAGAUGCCCUAUAUGAGUUCUAUGAGCCAGAUGACAGCCUUGAGAACUCUCCACCUGGAGAUGACUGCCUUUAUGACCUCCAUGGUCGAAGCUCUGAGAUGUUUGACCCCUUCUUAAACUUUGAGCCCUUUUCUUCCUCCCGGCCACCUGGGGCAAUGGAGACAGAGGAAGAACGGCUAGUGACCAUCCAGAAACAGUUGUUGUAUUGGGAGCUUCGGCGGGAGCAGCUUGAGGCCCAGGAGGCACGCGCCCGAGAAGCUCAUGCCAGGGAGGCCCACACCAGGGAGGCCUAUACUCGAGAGUCUCAUGGCAGGGAAGCCUAUGCCAGGGAGGUCCACACUUGGGAAGCUCGUGGCAGGGAGGCCAGAACCCGAGAAACCCAGGCCCGAGAGGCUCGUUCUAGAGAGACUCAAGUCCGAGAGGCCCAGGCCCGGCAGGAGAAGCCCGUCUUAGAGUAUCAGAUGAGGCCCUUAGGCCCAUCAGUGAUGGGCCUGGCAGCAGGGCUAUCAGGGACCUCUCAGAUUUCCCACCGGGGAAUUACCUCAGCUUUUCCUACCACUGCAAGCAGCGAGCCAGACUGGAGGGACUUCCGUCCUCUUGAGAAGCGUUAUGAAGGAACAUGCUCCAAGAAAGAUCAAAGUACCUGCCUAAUGCAGCUCUUCCAGAGUGAUGCCAUGUUUGAGCCAGAUAUGCAAGAAGCAAAUUUUGGAGGAUCUCCCAGGAGGGCCUACCCUACUUAUUCACCCCCUGAAGAUCCAGAGGAAGAGGAGGUUGAGAAGGAAGGAAAUGCCACUGUGAGUUUCUCACAGGCCCUGGUAGAGUUCACCAGCAAUGGGAACCUCUUUUCCAGCAUGUCCUGCAGCUCUGACUCUGACUCAUCUUUCACUCAAAACCUCCCUGAGCUGCCUCCCAUGGUGACCUUUGACAUCGCUGAUGUGGAACGGGAUGGGGAAGGCAAGUGUGAAGAGAAUCCUGAGUUCCACAAUGAUGAAGAUCUUGCAGCCUCCUUGGAAGCCUUUGAGCUGGGCUACUAUCACAAACAUGCCUUCAACAACUACCAUAGUCGAUUCUACCAAGGCCUGCCCUGGGGUGUGAGCAGCCUCCCUCGAUACUUGGGACUGCCUGGCCUGCACCCUCGACCUCCACCUGCUGCUAUGGCCCUCAACAGGAGAAGCCGCUCUCUCGACACUGCAGAGACCCUGGAGAUGGAGCUCUCCAAUUCCCACUUGGCCCAGGGCUACCUGGAGUCUGAUGAGCUGCAGGCCCAGCAGGAAGAUUCAGAUGAAGAAGACGAAGAGGAGGAAGAAGGAGAAUGGAGCCGAGACAGUCCACUUUCCCUCUAUACUGAACCCCCAGGGGCUUAUGAUUGGCCUGCUUGGGCUCCCUGCCCUAUUCCAGUGGGGCCAGGUCCUGCCUGGGUAAGCCCUAACCAGUUGGACAGACCUUCCAGCCAGUCUCCAUAUGAGCAGGCAACCUGUUGCAUACCUCCUAUGACCACGUCAAUGUCACUAUCAGUGCCAGAGUCAAGGGCACCUGGGGAAUCCGGGCCUCAGCUAGCUCGUCCCUCACACCUACACCUGCCCAUGGGCCCUUGCUAUAACCUCCAGCCACAGGCCUCCCAGAGUGUGAGGGCCAGGCCUCGAGAUGUGCUGCUGCCUGUUGAUGAGCCCAGUUGCUCUUCCAGUUCUGGAGGCUUCAGCCCCAGUCCUCUACCACAGGCCAAGCCUGUGGGCAUCACCCAUGGCAUUCCUCAGCUGCCCAGGGUCCAGCCUGAGCACCCCCAGCCUCAGCUCACUCACUAUGGACCUUCCAGCCUUGACCUGUCAAAGGAGAGGUCCGAGCAAGGUGCCUCUCUUGCCACCAGCUACUCCUCCACUGCCGUGAAUGGAAACCUAGCCAAGUAGUUAUCAUCAGUUCUGGAGUAGAGGCACGGGGCCUGAGCAUGUGAAUGGGGAUCAGGGGUUGGGCAGAGGGGUGGGGGGGUGGGGGUUGCUGUUUAACUUGAAAACCCUUUGGGCCAAGGAAAACUCCUAUGAGUUUUCACCUUGGUUUUCCCACUUCCCUCUUCUGCCAUCUAUGGCCACGUUCAACUCAAGUGCAUCUGCCCAGGGAGGCUGCUGCUGCUACUGCACUCCAGUUUUUGCUUUUGAGGUUUCUUCUUGUGACCCCAUGCUGGGUUUGGGAUGCUGUAAUUUUGUGCCUAUUCCAGUUGCCAAGUUAGUGAUUAUAUAUAUAUGUAUAUAUAUACACACACACACACAUAUAUAUAUAUAUGUAUAUACAGACACACACACACACGCACACACAUAUUUAGCAUGCAUCCUUGACACAGGCUAAACCUUUAGCGCUCCCUUCCCGUUUCCCCCAGUGAAUGAUGAACCACUGAUUAGCUGCCAAGUCUGCAUUGCCUCCCACUUGGGGAAGUGGGGCUUAUUUGCUAUUAGCAAUGUGAAAUUAUGGUACAGAUCCUCCCCACCCCUAUUCCUUCUAGCCUUGGCAUAGCUGCCAUCAUUAUAUCAGAUGACUAUAAGCUAUUCAUCCCAGCUAGCUGUCCUUAGGAUCAAGUAGCAUGUGUCUCACAGCCUAUCACUGUGGACUUCGGCAUCAUGACCAGAUGGGGGCCUUUUAACCUGUCCUGCCAUAGCUUGGGUUAAAGACAAAAACGCUAAUCCCCUUGAUGGAGCGAUAAAAUUCAUCCAUUUGCAAACAGAAGACAAAACAAAGUUCUGUUGUGGACACUGCCAUAGAGUCUUGAGCUCUGGAAUGAUAGGAUUUUUUUCUUUCUUUCUUUUAAGCCUGUGACUACCUGAGUUGCAGAAACUUUUGAAUUUUUGCUCUUUUUUCCUCUAAAGGAAGUUUUCAUAAUCUCAUCACAAGGAACUUGGUCUUUUAAUUGAGAUAAGGGAAGAGAAGCAACCUAAAUUAGGCUUGACUAUAGGGGCUGGGGUUUUUGUGGGGUGUAGGGGAAAGAUAGAAAAUGAGGGUCCUUUUAUCACAGCCAGCAAGAGAGGGGAUUUCAGACUUUGCAGAGCUUGAGGUAUCUCAGUUUCUUAAGAGGGAAAACUACUCCCUUCUCAAGCCUCCCAACACAAAAAGUUCCUUAAGCCUUGCCCACCCCAUCAUUUGAACUCUGCAAUAAGGCCCCAGCUUUGCACUCCCAAGACAGGAUACCAAAGGCAUCUCAGCUGCUGUUCUGGGCCCUUUAAAGAGCUUUUAUCUUCCAAUUAGCCAAGUCCUCAGCAUCAUCAAAGGACAGGGCUUCUUGGCAGUUGCAGCCCUUUAUGGAAUGAAUGGCACCCUCCCUUCUCCUGCAUCCAUGCAGUUUUCAUGUUAAACUAGGUUGGAAAUACUGGUGGAGAAGAGCUUGCUGUCAGGAAGCCACUGGAACAGGCUAAUCUUGCCAAGCCCAACCUCUCAUUAGUCACCUAUAGGAGAGGGUUCCUUUUACAUGUCUUUAUUGGAAAUGGCAUAUGGAACAUUUUUUGCUUGGCUGUGUUCACUCAAAUUAUGAUUAUUGCACCUCCACCCCCACAUCCCACCGUCUCCAUGCCUGUUGAGAGAAGAAGUCAACAGGGUUCUUGCCAUUCCUGAGAUACAGCAUUUUAGCUUGGAAACAGAUGCUGUUUGCCCUCUAAGUCAAGUUGACUUUGUGGGCAAACUGUUUCUUGGCCAGGGGAUGUGUCCAUGCUGGUCUUUGUCACCAUUUCUCAGAUUGGGGUUGGCCGUUACUCACAAAUUAUAGCAGACCUGGCUGGUAGAAGCUGCACCCCUGGAAGCACCACAUGAAUUUGCAUGGCACUAACACCACCACUCAAGGGACCCAGACCAGCUCUUCAAGCUGACUUUGGCUACAGAUACAUUGUGAAGAAAUGUGUCUAUUGUGGAGCUGGAGAAUGAAAGAGGGUGAGGAAGGCCCUCCUUACCCCAAGCACAGCAUUCCAAGAGAGAAGUGCCCAAAUUCCAACUUUCUGGCCUCUUACCAAAGCUGCUCUGGGACGGUGGGGCUGAAAUUGGCCUGGCUGUUUGGCAGGAAGUAAACACUCACCAAAUGCCUUUACAACAGGGAAAAACCCACCUCUUGCCUCUUCUUUCAGGGCAGCUUGAGCUCCUGUCUACAUGUGGACUGUGCCAGCCACAGCAGGCAGUAGAGCCAUCACCAGCCUCCAGACCCUGCUGGAGAAGGGCCACCAGCCUAUCUGGGAAGAGAAAAAGGAGGUGGUCAACCUUUGGCUAAGGGCUGAGAGCUGCCCUCAGGGUUAGGAAGGCAGCAUGAGGCAUUGUCUCUGAGGGGCACUGGCAUAGCCCUGACACAUUUGAUGGGCUUUGGAGGGUCACACACCACAGAGUAGGGCCUGGGGCUGAGUGAGAGUUCAUGGUUUGGACAGCCUUGCUGCCUGCAAGUCCCUUCACUGCCCUAGCCAGCCCAGGGAUAGGAUCCUUACCACCUGAAGUGGGGCAGCCAAGAUAUGUGGCUGCAGAAGCAGGUUCCUUUGAAUCUCUAGCGCUAAGCAGUUUAUGGCUGAAAUCCAACUGCAGCCUUGAGGAGGAAGGAAGACCUGUCUGGGCACCCAUGGUGAUGACAGCACAAGGUGACACUGGGAGAGCCAGCCAAGCUUCAGGCCUGUUUCCAAACACAGACCAGUGCUGACUUGGUUGGCAGCAAAUACGCCCCAGACCACUAAAACUGUUGAUAUCAUGUCCACACCUCCAAGACUAUGACUAAAUGAACACCAUGUCUCCAUUGCAAGGUCCUAGAAUAACGCUUUUGGAUGUGACUUUAAGAGAAAAUGGGACUUAGUGAAAGCAGCUGCCUUCAUCUUGUUACCCAGUAGGCCUAGUGCCAGACAGCUGUGAUCCUGAGAAUUCCCAGAUGAGACUGAUCCUUGGAGAACCAGUGAAUGUGGAUAGAGAAGGCUACCUAGUAGGCCCCUCCCAAGGCCAGGAUGCCAGUUUCUUGGUGCUUUAGCGUCUCCAAGGAAGCACUGCCUUGGGGCCCAGUUCAAGCCAGCCUUACCUAUCUGGCCUCAACUUGGGUACCAGGCCACAAGACUGCCCGGAUAAUGGGUUCAGUAAACACCCGUCUCUCUCCCUCCUUAGUCCUAUGACAAGAAGGGAAGUAGCUUCACACACUCAGGAGGCUGGGUAUGUACCCUUCAUCCUGCUGCCAGCAGCUUUCCUUACCUGUGCCAGUGCCACCACCCCACCUGCCCUCAGCCCCCAGGCCCAGUUGCUAGAGGGAGGCAUGGGGUUUAGCAGGGAGACUUCAAGUUUACCCAUGUGUAUGUUGCAUUCAAGUUGUUUUUAAUAUAUAUAUAUAUCAAAAGUCAAUUAUCUAUUUUUAUAUUGUUUGCAUUUUAUAUUCAUGGAAAACAAUGUUUAUCAAUUGUUCUUUUCUGAUUUAUUUUUAAGCGGUGCUGUUUACAGUUUUAAACAAAACAAAGAUGACACAAAAAUUGCUGCUGCUUGUGCAGAGGGCUGGCAUCUCAACUGCCUAGGGCCCUCCCUCUUUCCCCUCUCCCUACGUUAGCUGUAUCACACUGUCCAUUCCCUCCCCUCAUGACAGGGACAGCAGAAGAUGCCCAGGUACUGAAGACAAACGCCAGGUGACUCAGGCGUGUGGGACCUGGUAGACAGCUUGUCAUUUUCUGGCUUUAUUUUAUGUUUUUCUUUCUUUUGAACCCUCCUUCCCCAUGUCUAGACCUUCUGAGAGUACUCAUGUGCCUUUUUUUUUUUUUUUUUUUCCUCUUUAUGUUUUGUGCUUUUGUUUUGAAAUCAGAGUGCCCAUGUUGUGCUAUUUGUCUUGUUGAGUUUCUCCAAAGGAGCAUUUUGGGGACAUUCUCCACCAAAUGGGGAAGGCAGGGGGUUUCAACCAUGUCCCCUUUCCCCGAGAAGCUGUGGGAGACAGAUGACAAUGAUGCUUGCACUAUCAGGAAUUUACCAUCUCGUUGAGGAAACCCUUGCAUAGGACUUCCUAGGAGCUCAGUUGAUUGUGACAUUUGCCCAGAAGAGGCUUUGGGGAACUCCUUCACCCCUCUUGCUGCUUUGGGGGAAUAUCUUCCCCUACCACCAUUCCCCCUCCCCUGCCCUGCUCCAGCUCACACAUGGAUGGUACUUUGGGGAACAGUGACUUUCAGGGUGAUGGCUUGCUGGCCUGAUCCCCAACUUUCCAAUCCUAUAGUCACUCCAAAGAAGAAAAUCCACAUGGUAUGUAUAUGUGUGAGGGUUGGGUCUAUCGAGAGGUGGGACUUUAAUUAUUGUUAUUAUUAUUGGUGCUUAUUUUUCCUGCUGUAUAUGGGGGUGGGGGUGGGGGAAUAAAACAGGAAUGUAUAUUUAGGUCAUGUUAAAUAAAAUGGCUGGAGGAAGGAGGGAAGAAAUUAGGAACUGCAGUACAUCAUCACCCCAGGUGUAAGAGUUAUUUCUCUCCCAGUGCAGAAAGGGGAGUGUGGCCCCUGGCUGUACCUGAGCUUCCUCUUCUCCAUCCCUGAGACAUCACAGAAUCACCUGGGUUCUGACCUCUCCACUUCUAGCUCUCACUGACAUCUGGAUAUCUGGAUGCACUGCCUGUUUGUAACAACAUCUUUGCUGAAUGCUAAUAAACUUCUGGGUUCAAGAGGGAACCCCUCAGUCA